AUGCCUUCAUUCCUCGUCGCCCAAAACUCCAACGCAUCCUACACCCCGUCCUACGUCCCAGUCAUGGUGAUCACAGGCGCCACCUCCGGCAUCGGCCAAGCAAUAACACAAACCCUAGCGCGCCACCUGCACGGGCGCGUCCACAUCAUCAUAAUCGCACGCAACUCCUCCGCCGCGUCGCGCAUCAUAUCCACACUACCCACACACCCAGCCGCAAUCUACGAGUUCAUCGCAUGCGACGUGAGCCUAAUGCAGAACGUGCACGCACUCGCGCAGGACCUCUCGGCGCGCCUUCCCAAGCUCAACUUUCUCGUGCACUGCGCGGGCGUCUUUGGUCUGGACGGAAGGCGGGAGACGGAGGAAGGGAUCGACGUUAAAUUGGCGUCGAGGUACUAUGCCCGGUUUACUCUGACCUACGAUCUGCUGCCUUUACUCCGAAAGGCAACGGAGCGUGGUGAGCCAGCGAGUGUCCUCACUGUGCUUGGAGCAGGUUCUAAAGGAACUUCCGAGGUCGACCUCGAUGACUUGGGUCUGAAGAAGCGGUACACAGGCUGGAAAGCUAUGAUGGCAAGCAUCGACUACAACGAUCUCAUGGUUGCUGAAUUCUCCAAACGCGAGCCCAACAUCGCAUUCACGCACAUCUUCCCAGGAUUCGUAUCCACAGCAAUCUUACACAAAUCAUCCAACCCCAUCUCCAAGCUCUUUCUCUUUUUCCUCUCGCCACUUCUCUGGCUGAUCACGCGCACGCAGGAGACGUGCGCGGAGUAUAUGCUCUAUGCGCUAAUCCAGGCCGAGCGAGGGAUGUACAGGCGGAACGAAAACGGGGAUGAUAUCGGCUUGAAGGGGUUUCCUCGCUUUGCGAACGAUGCUCAGCGAAUUUUGUGGGAGCACUCUUUGCAAGCUACGAGUACGAGUACGAGCUAG